UAGCUCUGCUGGGACCGUUGAUGAGCGAGGUUGUCUCUGAGUAUCUGUAGCAGUCGCGACCUGGGCACUGCGAGCUACAGGAGCUGAGCACGCGGGCCAGUCGUCAUGUCGCGUUACGGGCGGUACGGAGGAGAGACCAAGGUAUAUGUUGGUAAUCUGGGAACUGGUGCUGGUAAAGGAGAGUUAGAAAGGGCUUUUAGUUACUAUGGCCCUUUAAGAACUGUCUGGAUUGCAAGAAAUCCUCCAGGAUUUGCCUUUGUGGAAUUUGAAGAUCCCAGAGAUGCAGAAGAUGCUGUGCGAGGAUUGGAUGGGAAAGUGAUCUGUGGUUCUAGAGUCAGAGUUGAACUAUCCACAGGCAUGCCUCGAAGAUCACGUUUUGAUAGACCACCUGCCCGACGUCCCUUUGAUCCCAAUGAUAGAUGUUAUGAGUGUGGAGAAAAGGGACAUUAUGCUUAUGAUUGUCAUCGCUAUAGUCGUCGAAGAAGAAGCAGGUCAAGGUCUAGAUCACAUUCGAGAUCCAGGGGAAGGCGGUACUCUCGCUCACGAAGCAGGAGCAGAGGACACAGGUCGAGGUCUGCAUCUCCUCGACGAUCUAGAUCUGUAUCUCUUCGGAGAUCAAGAUCAGCUUCACUUAGAAGGUCUAGAUCUGGUUCUAUAAAAGGAUCGAGGUAUUUCCAAUCUCGGUCAAGGUCAAGAUCCAGAUCCAGGUCUCUUUCACGACCAAGAAGCAGUCGUUCCCCAUCAGGAAGUCCACGCAGAAGUGCAAGUCCUGAAAGAAUGGACUGAAGUUCUCAAGUUCAGCUUUUAGGGGAGAAGUUAUUUUGUUUACAUUAUUAUAAGGGAUUUGUGAUGUCUGUAAAGUGUACCCUAGGAUGGGUAUUUCAACCAUCUAAUCAAAAUGGAUCUGGAUUAUUAUUACUCUGUAAAUUCACAGCAGUAAGAUAAUAUACAUUUUUUGUUGAAUGUAUUAACAUCCUAUGAUCUGGAAAUGUUGGUUUUUAUUUGGCACAUUUAAAUAAAAAUGUUUCUAACUAGAAUUUUGAUUUGUGUUUAGUAUUACUUUUUCAAUUUGGUAAACCUUUAGGAAUCAAAUGCGAUACAGUGAACUAUUCAUACAAAAUAUAAUGGUGUUUGUUAAGUCUUCAAUAACUGUUCUAU